AUGGAUCUACUAACUGCAAUCAUUUUCCUGGCUGCUUUGCUACACCGAUCUGAAGGACAGUUUUUUCCAGACAAAGGACUGCGUAUUUUCUCCUUUCCUCGUUUUAAGUUUCAAAACCAAAAGCAGAUCCUUGAGGAACACAAUGAAAUACGGAGAUCUGUAAUUCCAACAGCCAGGAACAUGCUGAAGAUGGUGUGGAGUGAGAAAGCUGCCAGAAAUGCUCAGAAAUGGGCAAAUAGGUGUGAGAUGAAAAUCAGCCCAGCAGAUCUGAGAGUCAUUAACGGUGUCACCUGCGGUGAGAAUAUAUUAUUAUCACCUUACCCAAAAACGUGGCCUGAAGCAAUUAAAGUCUGGUACAGUCAGUCCUCCAAUUUCAAGUAUGGAUAUGGAGCAACAGCAAAAAAUGCCAAUAUCGAGAACUAUACUCAGCUAAUCUGGUACAACAGUUACCAGAUUGGAUGCGCAGUUGCCUACUGUCCUAGGAGCCAGUUCAACUACUUUUAUGUUUGCCAAUACUGUCCUCCAGGAAAUAACAUAAUGCAAAAAGCUACACCUUACAGAAGCGGACCAAAAUGUGCAGACUGUCCCGGCUACUGUGACAGAGGGCUUUGCACGAAUCCUUGCAAGCAUCAAGAUUUAUUUGGAAACUGUGGAAAUCUGAAAAUGUUAUUCAGCUGUAACAAUCCAAUGGUCAAGAACAAGUGUCCUGCUACCUGUAGAUGUACCAAUCAAAUAAUGUAA